ACAGGACUACUCAUUUCACUGGACGGAGAGACGAGAUGCACCUCGGUCUGAGCUGGACUGCGUCCUGAACGACACCUGGUAGACCCUGCGACGACUUGGACAACGCCACAUUAACACAACCAAGCUUCAGCGAAAGUAUUUAUUCCUCCAUAAUUGAUAUUCUUUAAUUAUAACAUGGAUCUGGACCCGACUGUCAUCAUCCCCGCCAUCAUAUUCACGGUUGUGGCCAUUUAUUUCGCAUCCUCGCUGUUGAACAAGAAGACUGAGGCGUCAUCCAGAACUAAGACCGCGCCAAAAGUUGACUACGAAGAUGAAGUAACCGAAUCCAGAACCGCAGGAGUAACGGGGCUUUACGAGCCUAAGGUGGAGCUACCACCGGUGAUAGAGCACAAAGCAGUCAACCCAGAAGUUGCCUCCUGUCCCAAAGAGAAGCCCUUUCCCGUGGUGGAGGAGGUAGGACCUGCUGAGAAGCAGGAGCCCGAAAUCGUCCCAGUGCGUCAAGCAGAAGUUAAGCUUGUCCCAGAGCCUGCACCAGAACCAGAAGUUGUACCAGAACCCACCAUAGUACCAGAAGUGGUACAAGAACCUAUGAUAGCACCAAAGCCCAUUGUAGUAACAGAGCCUGUACCAAAACCAGUGGUGGUACCUGAGCCUGUACCAAAGCCCAUUGUAGUACCAGAGCCUGUACCAGAACCAGUGGUGGUACCUGAGCCUGUACCAAAGCCUGUUGUAGUACCAGAGCCUGUACAAGAACCAAUGGUGGUACCUGAGCCUGUACCAAAGCCUAUUGUGGUACCACAACCAGUGGUGGUACCAGAGCCCAUCGUAGUACCAGAGCCUGUACCAGAACCAGUGGUGGUAUCAGAGCCCAUUGUAGUACCAGAGCCUGUACAAGAAACAGUGGUGGUAUCGGAGCCCAUUGUCAUACCAGAGCCUAAACCAGAACCAUUGGAAGUACCAGAGCCCAUUGUAGCACUGGAGAAGGUUGAAGUACCAGAACCAGUGCUGGAGCCUGCGGUCAAACCUGAACCCGUACCAAAACCCAUAGUGGAGCCCGUCACACAAACUGUGGCUGUACCGGAACUGGAGGCUGUGAUUGAACCAGCUGCAAAAACAGUGGUUGACCAAGCACCAGAACCAGCAGCCAAGCCUGUUCAGGCCCCAGUGGAAGAGUCCCUCCCUAAACUUAUUCCUGGAUCAACCCCAGAUGACCUGUCUGCUCCUGAACCCUCGGUAGAGCCCACCCCCCAACCGGCACCAGAGGCUGUGGAGCACAAUGACAUGGCUGCUGCUGAAGAUACAGUUAAGUUCACCCCGGGCAAGAAACAAAACAAGUUUGAGACACUAAUGACCAAGGAGGAGGUGGAAGAGGAGCAGAGUGCAGCUGAGUAAAACAAGAGACUACCUGCACCCAACCAACCCCCGUCCUUGUUUGGUUUUUUUUUUAUUUUGUUUUUGUUUUGUUUUUUGAUGACGUUCCUCUUCAAAGAUCUUUAAGUUCAUCAACCUGCAAUGAAGAUCAAGCUGCCAUUACCAACUGGUUCUUCAGUGCUGCUGUCGAUAAGGGACAUUAUACAUUGCCUCUAUCCUUUCCUUAUUCAUUUCAUUUUAUUUUUGUGAGGGGUUGGUGGAUUGGGGGUUGGAUUUAAGAUGACCGCCCCGUUUUGCCUGUGGAUAAUAGCAAGCUGCCUUAAGCCAACACCAAAGUGCGUACAUCAGCCUGUACAUUUUAGUUUGCUUUGCCAGUGUCCGAAAACUUGUCUCUCCGGUCUUGUGUUUUGCGUAGAUGAGUCCAAGCAGAAGGGGUCUUAAUUGCAGGACAAGGGGAGUUUCAGGUAGAGAAAAGUUGCAUGAGGGAAUAGGGAAAUUAACAGAAUAGUGUGUGUGUGUGUGUGUGUGUGUGUGUGUGUGUGUGUGUGUGUGUGUGUGUGUGUGUGUGUGUGUGUGUGUGUGUGUGUGUGUGUGUGCGUGCAUGCGUAUGUGUGCAUGCGUGGUUGUGAUUACAGAACAGAGAAAGGUUUGUAAGAUAUUUUUGUCUUGCAGCAAACAAUUUGAGCUGUUAUCUAAAACUCAAAAUGAGCAAUGAACUGCAAAGAUCCCCUCCAACCAAUAUGCACCUAAUGGGCUGCCUGUUUUCUUUUCCUGUGUAAGGCUUAGAUACUUUUUUAAUAAUGUACAAAUCAAGAAAGUGCUAUCCGCAUAGGGUGACUAGCCUGAUGCAAUUGUGUUUUCCAUUACAUCGAAUAAAGAGCUCUCACACCUCACCCGAAGUGAGACGCUUAUGCAAACAGAUUUAAAUUUAGCCAUAAUAGUUUGUCAAUGAAUGAGUGUCUGUCCAAGUUGGGGUUAAUACUCUCUUUGCCUGAAUUGUGAGGGGGGUGAAAUUAUUUGAUGUACUUCGGCUUUAUCCCACCAUAAUGUUUAACUGUACAUGUUUGUUGGAAUGUGAUUUUUUUUGUCAACUCUGGAUCAUUAAAAAAAAAAAAUCCAAUUUAUCCAAAAGUCCAAAAUCAUUUUCUGCAACUUGUGACCCCCCCCCACACACACACACACACAUUACUCUUUUUUCAUUCUUGAUCAAAUGUACAACUCCACACCCAUUUUCUAUAGUUUAGUUUUCAACUGUAAGAAAUGGAGUUGUACUUGGUUUAUUAUGGCCAGAAUUAUGUGCACAUACAAGGAUAUAUGAUAUCCUGCUUCAGGUUAAAAUCAACUGCAAGUUAAAUACGAGUCCAAUAGGGGAAAUCAAAAAGAAAAAUGCAAAACAUGAGACUGGAUGUAUGUCCUCAGGAUCUAUGGGUCUAAUGGUGUCAUCUCCAAAACACUUUGAGGUUUUUGAAAGAUAAGGUUGACAGGAGCACAUGAGUGAAUCCAGGGGAGUUUGCCAUGGGCUUAUUAGUGGGAAAUAAUUUCAUAUGGAAAAUGCUGUGCAUGCUUUAGCAGCUUGCAACCUCGAUUUUGAAAACUACAUGGAACAAAAAGAUGCAGCGUUGUUUUUAAAACAAAUCAUGCAAAGACUACAAAACUGGGUGUGGAUUGUAAAAGCUAGAGACAUCAAACAAUGUCUGAAGGUGAAUUCUCCCUGAGGUUUCUUCCCAUUUUUUUUCUCCCUCUUAAAGUUUUUUUUUUUUUUUUAGGGAGUUGUUCCUUAUCUGAUGCGAGGGUCUAAGGACAGGAUGUUGUGUUGCUGUAAAGCCCCUUGAGGCAAAUUUGUAAAUUUGUGAUAUUGGGCUAUACAAAUAAAAUUGAUUUGACUAUAUUUUUUUCUAUCUAAUGGUCAAUGACAGGCUGUGAAAAGCACACCAUGGCAAAUUUAUUAUCCAUUUUAUCAUUCUUCACAGGGGCAGCACAGUGGCUCAGUGGUUAGCACGGUUGCCUCACUACAAGAAGGUCCUGGGUUUGAACCCCAGGCUGUCCCAGGUUCUUUCUGUGUGUAAGUUGCAUGUAUAUCCAAAGGAGUUGAAUCAAGUGCAGCUGGACUUGAUAUAUAUCAGUGAUAUAUACCAAGUGCAGCUGGACUUGGUAUAUAUCACUGAUAUAUACCAAGUCCAGCUGCACUUGAUUCAACUCCUUUGGAUAACCAUGACCUGGAUGAAUGAGAACAUUCACAGACAAUUUGCAUGUACUCCCAGUGUCUGCGCGGGUGUCCUCUGGGUGCUUCAGUUUCCUCUCACCAUCAAAAAGACAUGCAUAUUAGGGUUAAUACUCCUUCCUGCCUGUGCCACUGAGCAAGGCAAUGAAUGGAAAGAACUGGAGUUGGUCCUCAGGUGCUGCAGCUGCCCACUGCUCCUAUCCAAUACGAUGGGUUAAAUGCAGAGGACAUUCGUUGUUACAAUACAAUUCAUUGUAAGGUACAAUGAUGCAAUAAAGUGGCUUUUUUUCUGUCU